AUGGAUCCACUCCGGAAGCCCAUCGGAGGAAGAAAACAAAGAACGAAGGAAGACAGGGGGAACACAAGGAGCAAUCUGGACAACCCCAGAAACCUUCUUACAAACAAGCGGUUAGCAGGUAUAAGGGUGGGGGUUCUACACUCCAAUUUUCCUGAGACCCUACUCACAACGGAACAGAUGGAGGAGAUCCAGAGCUUCAUCCUGGAAGCUAUCGUGGAGGAACAGGAGGGUCCCUACUCUCCAAGAUUCUACGGUAUUAACAGGAGACAAGGGGUUCUGAUCUUCACCUGUGAAAACACCGAAACAGCUGAAUGGCUUAAAGGAAAGCAAGACUCCCUCAAGCCUUGGGAAGGGGCCAGUCUGAAGAUUGUACCAGAGGAAGAAAUCCCUCGUGCGAGAAUUGCGACUGUCUAUCUUCCUGAUAGUAUACACGAAACCACCGACAAGAUAAUGAAGUUCCUAAAAGGACAAAAUAAAGAGCUAUCUGUCGGAGAAUGGAAUGUUCUGCGUAGGAGCGACGAGGGGAAGUCUGUACUACUCACCCUGGCAGUCGACUGCGCCACAGCAAAGGGUUCUGAUCUUCACCUGUGA